CAGCGCUUAGCGCCGUUGUGCUCCGAGCGGAGAGUCGAAGUCUCGGGUUUACACGUCGGGUUUGGACGCAAGGGAGAGCCCGAAUCGUGCGACCCGGCCUCCAAAAAUCUCCCAUUGCGUCCCUUGCGUGUAUGUUUUCCGUGUGCUCGUGUGUGUGUUAUAUAUCUCGUGUGUGAAUGUGUGUGAGUGUGUGUCCCCUUGGAAGAAAAAACGGGUUGUUUUUUCUUGUGCGAGUCCCCGUAACUUCGCAACGAAGCAACAUUCGUUAAACGUUUCGUGUAUUUUUUCUUCGUCCUAUCCCUUUCUCUCUCUCUCGCUCUUUUUCACACAUGAGUUCGUGACAGGUGUGUCUCCCUUUCAUUUUCCAUUGCGCGCCGCCCGGUCUAUCUCUUCGCGUAUUUCUUCUCGUUCCUCAAAGUUUAUUGUUUGCUCAUGUUGUUUUGUUUUUGAUUAAGUGCGUCGACCGGCGCGGCUACGUCUCGUAAAAACAUAAAACUUUGUCACGAUUUCAGUUGAAUGUAAAAUUCACACGCGCGCGCACACACACACACACACACAACACACAGAGACACAAGCGAAACUUUGAGACCGGAGUGGCGUGAGGAGCGAGUGUUUUUUCGAAAUGCAGUGUCGUGCAAAAGUGUCUUAACAGAUGAGACCUCGCGUCUCCCAACGACUAUCAGUGUUUGUCUUGAAAUUUUGGAGGAAAUAAAAAACGAGCAGACGUCUCUGUUGUGUGAAAGGGGGAAUAAAAAGAAACAUGGCUUCCGCAAACGGUAGCGCAGAGUGCAGCAGCACGGCAGUGCCGCAGUGGAAGAGAGAUUUGAUUCAGCGUCGAAGGCAACAAAACAAAGUAUUGACGAGCAACGGUGCAAGUGCUAAAUUGUGUUCAGCGGUUUCGGGCCAAUUGUCAGCAGCGGGGAACGUCAAUGAUACGUUAACAGCGAGCGGCGGCGAGCCGGUAGUCGAACGUUUAACCUGCAGCAGCGUUGAAGAACAACACAGCGUCGUCGGUGCAUCGUGCGUUUUGACGUCAAGAACAUCACCACGAGUUGCCGACAAUAUUGGCAGUUGCACCGAGCACUCGACGACGUGCAAUCGCGCUCAACAGCUCGGAGGAUCAACGACCAAGUUGUCCUGUCAAGCGUCGUGUGGCGCCACUUGUACGCGCGAGGGAAUCGCCUCCCCCAGCGCCGGAGGACCGACCGGCGGCGAAAGGCUGAACCAGUCCGCUUCCAGUGGCGCGAGUCACGAGGAAAGUAGCCUCAGUCUUUCGCCGCCGUCAGUCGUGUGCAACAUGCGCCUCGAUACGGACGCUUCGUCGUUCUGUCCGUCCUCGGAGGAUGCUACGAGUUUUAACAAUAAUUCAUCAACGAGAAACAAUCACGCGAUUUUAAUAACCCCCGUUAUCGAGCGCGUCGAGUUUGAUAACAAUUACGAAAACGGUGACGAAAACAACAUGAGGAAUUACACUAACAACGGAAGCUUGAAGCGAGCGAUCAACAAUCGCGAACAAGAUUGUGACAAUGGUGACAGUGGUGGUGGAAUUGCUACGAGAAUAAUACGAAAAAUGGACGGAAGUGUUUGCCUUUAUCCGAGCGAAGGGAGAAAAAAUCGGAAGGACACGAGUCUCCAGUCGUCGAACGGUAAAGUCGUAGGUGACGAGUGCGAGAGUGACAGUUCCGAGGAACUGCAGUACGGUCCCGGUAUCGUGAACCGCUUGAAGAGCAAAUAUCUCAAUCUAACCCUCCGGGAAAUGAACAAAAGUCGCGUCACCGUUCAAAGAUUCAGGCGGGCAGCGAGCCUCGAGGAUCUGUUGGACUGCGACGACGAGCAGAGCGACAAGACGACCCGUAAAUAUGCCAAAAGAACAACCCCCGCCGGGGUCGCGGUUAAAACCGAUCGGUACAGAAACGCGACGCGUGGUAACGACUCGAUGAAGCGAGCGCGGAGCGUCGAAACGCUCAUGAGAUAUAACGCCCCGUUAAUAAAUGAGGAGGCCAAUCGAGUGAGCGCCCUGAGGCAAGAAACCGCGAACGAUCACAUCGUCCUCAUCGACCGUACGUCCGUCAAAAUCGAGAGCCGUUUGCUCGAUCCCGAUCGGCCCAAAGCUAUAAACAAACCGAAACGAAUAAAGCCCCUGCUCGCUGAGACCGAAAGGCCGCCGCCUGAUCUAGUCAAAACGACGAUGAGACUCUUCGAGGGUUCCGUCAAAAAGUUCAAGCCCAAAGGUGAAGUCGCUGUCAAAGUGGCCACCUUCAAAACCAUCAACGACACUUACAAAGCGCAGACGAUGAAAAAAGUCGUGCCGAAGCCUCCCAUCCAGCCCAAACCAUUCGUAAACGGUAACAACAAAUUAUCAACGUCACCGAAGAAAUUUCUACUCACCGGUAAACCCACCGCCGAGAUAAUUGAGCAAGCGGAGAACGAAGAGUACAAGCGCGAGGGUGUCGUCACCGAACCGAUCGUCCAAUCGGUUUCUAGCGUAGUCAGUAAGUUUCAACAGAUCGAAAAAUCUUACUCGCCCUCGGGCUCCCCGGAGCCUAGUUUUAAGCUCAAAUUCUCACCCUCCCCGAGCCCCGAGCCUUCGCUCGCCACCAAGCUCAGCAGGAGCAACGAGAAUCUCGUCAAAUCGCCUCCCGUCACCCCGGUCUCUUCCCCGAGGAUAUCCUCGCCCCCGGUGCCCGUCAACGCGAGUCCAUCGCCCGUCUCGCCCAAGAGGGAGGCGCCCAGACAGCACUCGACCCCUCCGAGUCCGCCGUGCGCGACGAGCCCCAUCAGGGAAUCGUCCUGGCAGAUUUCCCCACCGGAAGUCUCCAAAGCAACGUCACCGCGGCCCGAGGAAGACACCAGGGAGAAGAGUUCCAGCCUCGAGGAGCCGCCCGGACACCUCGAAAUCCUCGAGGAUCGACCUCGCCGAGAAUCGAAUACCUCCGACCCCCCGGAGCCGGCUCCCUCGUCGAUUUCCUCCGAAACUCCGAGCGAAACUGUCGAUGGCUCGCGAACGAUAUCGAAAUUGGCUCUGGAUAAUAUUAGCAAAGCCGGUAUCACGAUGCAGUACAAUUUCGGCGAUAAAUCCUCGAUCGGGAAGACUUAUCUGCCGGGUGUGAACGUCACCGGCCCCCUCGCCGUCCUCCCGCACAACGGUCAAAAGUCCGAAACUUCGUGCUCGCCGACGAGCAGCAGCAACGGUGAAGCGAGCGCGAUAUCGCGAGUCGUUAAAAUGGCGUCACCCACGCCGCCGCUCGACGCUGUUUCCUCGUGUUCCUCGCCGAUUUCCAUCGACUCUAUGAACGAAGACGUUCCCGCGAGACUGAGCGAGCUUUCGGAGCCGGAGAGCAGCCCUGAGCCGAAAUCCUUGGAGAAAACGUCGACCGCGCAAUCCGAAUACGCCAAACCCAUCGGCGCUAUUUCGAGCUUAGGGCUCGUCAAAUCUUCCCCGAGCCCCUCCCACUCAACGGCGAACGAUAUUUCCUCGAAAAUAAUGAAACACCACAAAACCGAUGUUUCACCUCCGCAAAAACAAAUCGGCAUAAUUCGCCCCCUCGUCUCCACCAAGACUCAACAAUCCCAACAAAAUCUGAGCAAUCGCGAGCUCGAAAAGAACCUCAUCAAUCGCGUCAAAAGCAUCGAACAACCCACCAAAGUCGUCGUCAGCCUUAAAACCGCCGAUGAAAUUACGCCCCCGAAAAAAAUUACCGGAUCCCCCGCCGCCACCGGCACCGGCAACCCUCCCGCCACCGGAGGCGGCGGUCUGUGGGACUCAAAGCACUGGAAUACUCCCAACAAUACCAUGGUUUUCAACUUUAGUAAUCGCAAAGACGUGCCUGAUUACAUCGAAAACGACGGGCUCAUCAUUCGGAGGAAACGUGAAAAACAGAAGGUUGGGGAUGGCGGUGUGAUCGUCCUGGACGCAACGCUCGACGCCUCGACGACGGACGAUUCCGAUUGGGAAAUAUCUGGUGGUCCACCCUCGCCUUGCGACGUAUCAUUCUCGAACGACAACAUAUUGAUAAACGGGCGUAGUAACCUUUCGAAGCAGCCGAGAAACCACAAGCACCGGAUACAAUUUGACGAUGGAGCUACGAAAACGUUUGAAUAUCCGAGCGAAGCCUCGAUGCUGGCGGAUGAAGGAACGAGCGUCGACAGCGAUUCCUCCUCGACCAGUCAACAGUCCUGCACGGGAACGAACAAAUCGAACUCUAACACUUCCGCAUCCACCAUGUCAUCCGCUCUACUUGGUGGAGGUGGACUAGCGAGUUUUACGCCGAGCAAAGUGGAUCUUGCGUCCGAGGGUUUUGAGCUCGGUGUGACGAGAACUGCAGCUCCGUCGUCCGCGCCUGUUCCCAUCGGCGAGCAAACCGAGUCUAAGGACGAGGGGGAUUAUUUAAAAUCCGACGAAGAUGCUGCGGCUUGGGGCGCCGAGGCAACCGCGGAUCUUUUGUACUGAAAAGAUCACGAGGAAGUUUAAAUGUCGAGAAGCAAUUUCGUUAUGAAAUUUUCAUAAAGAAAAAAACAACAAUCGCAAGGACUCGAAAUUGGAAUUGAGGACAAAUUACGAGAAGGGGAUGAUCCUUGGAACUUUACACUUCAAGUUCCCCGGCCAUUAACAUCCUACGUAAUUCUUAAAGUUGUCUCAAAAUCGUCAUUCCAAAUUACAUGCAUUUACUACAAGACACACAAACGAAACUAAAAAAAAAGAAAGGAGCAACGAACGAAAUUAACGAUCCACAAGAUCCAGUCAACGAGAAGACGACAAUUUUUUUUUGAAUUUCCAUGUUACAUGGUCUAGUGGAAAAUUUGCAUAUUUUUCCAGUUUGUCAUACUUCGAAAAUCGAGUCGAUCAUGAUAUUGCUCGGUGGUUAUUUUUUCUGGAUUCAUUUUAGGGACAACGAAUUUAUCGUAAAAAUGUAAAUUAUUCAAAAUUUUGAACACCACCGUGAAUUCCAAAAAUUCGUCAAUGAAAACGAAAAACAAAACGAAUUAUUAAAACUGCCAAGACGAUUCUCGUUCAUAAGAAAAAAAAUAAAUAAAUAAAUAAACGAAACAAAAUGUCAAAUUGAAGCUAAGAACAAUAGGGCGGUGUGAGCAAAAAAAUCAUAUCAGCGUUACUGUUUCCCUCCAUCUUUUUCAAAGUCUUUUUUACGAGGCGUAUGUAAACACUAGAUAGCUCGGGAGAGAAAGAGAAAAAUCACACACUCGACUGAGGGGCUAAGGACUGAGUUUGAUAAGAAUUUUUUCAAAACAGUUGUUUUUUGAGAUUAGUCCAUAAGCCGAGUAGCCGCGAGUGCCCAAGAGUGAAAGGCUCAAAACGUGAUUCCAUGAAUCGAGAAAAGAAUAAAAGUGAAAAACAUGGCGAUACUAAAAAUAAGAAGAAAAUUCGUGUGUGGUAAAUUUAUAAUGAUUUUUUGCCAAAAUAGGGCGUAAGUCAACUGAAAUUGCCACUUAAUAUUUAAUGUAAAAAUUAAAACAUCGCCACAAUUUAAAAAAAAAAAAAAAAAAAAACAACGAGAAAAGAAGAGGAAAUCAUUGAAAAAAGACAAAUUUGAAUUUGUAAAUUACCGAAGUUGAAUCAUUCCAUGUACUCUUAUUUUUUCCCACGUGAUCAGAGCGAAUAAUUUCUGUCGUAUCUUUCGUCGAAGAUUAAAUCGUGCUUUUGUUUAAAGAUUAAAAAAGGAAUUAAGGGGCAAAAAAUGAAAAAAAAAAAAAAAAAACUGUAAGCGUAUGAAUGUUGUUUCCUUUAUCGUCAGAUCAACGCUUAUGGUGUCUUAAAUAAAUAACAAGGACCAAACGAAGCGAAAGAAAAAUGACAUUGAUAAAAAAAGAAAGACAGCGAGACACUUCGUUGAAAGCCAGGAUAUCGAGGAUCCUCGUGCGAGAGGAUUCUCAAAUUCUUCAAAGGAGCUUGGAAAGCGUGAUUUAUUUGUAAUUGUUUAAUUUAGAGCGUAAGCGAAGAAGAGAGAAUCGCUCCAAUUGUGUACAUACUAAAUUAUUGCGUAGUAUUUAGCGUCGAGAUGCGAAGCUCGUCAGCUUCAGUCUCGAAGGAUCAAAAGAAAAUGAACACUUUCUUUUUGUUUAGGGUACUCAUAUUUUCUCUGUGUAUUUCUUUGUAUUAUUAUAUUAAUUUUAUUAUUACAUCUCCAUAUUGAAAUAAUAUUACAUAGGGUGAGUCUCGCGAGAACUCGCUCGAACAGCAAUCAAUUGCGAUAAUUUAUUGACGUUUAAAACGUCACGAAACGAAAGAAAGAAAAAAGAGAUAGUUCGGAGGGAUCAACGUUGAUUGAUCGAUUGGUCGUGCCGUUUAAAAAACGUUCGUCUCUGUUCUCGUCGUCAGGGAGAUCUCUUAUCCCCCUACUUUAAAUAUGUGAUAUUUUUCGUUAACAUUCAAACUGUUCGUACGAUUUGUUUUUUCUUUAUUCUUCACGGAUCUUUGUUUCGUCAAUUGGUAUUAAAAAAAAGAAAAUAAUAAAAAGAGCAAAACGUCUGUAAAAUCGCGAUGGCUCUGUUUUUUGAGCCUCGAGUUCGUAUUCGUAUUCAUUUCAAAUUUUCUGCACGACUCAGAUUCGUGAUUGCUCAUUGAACACGAACGAUCGUUUUUUUUUUUUUUUUUUUAAUAUAUAUUUAUAUAUAUCUGUAUUUUCUUCUUGUUCUCUCCUGUUUAGUCCUUGUUUUCCUUGUAAAUCUAUCAUUGUAAUACCCCUGUGAGAGGGACAGACGAGAAUUUGUAAUCCGAGCUUGGGACCGACCAGUUUAAAAGCGAAGGAGCAAAUAAUAUACAUGCAUCAUUAAGUAGUAUUAUAUCCGUAAUUAUAUUACGUUUAUUAUUCCGUAAUAUUUGAAUUCAUAUAUUGUAUACGUAUUAAAGGAAGACAAAAAAUAACAAAAUGUGAAAAAAAAACAAUUAAUACUACCCCUUAUUAAAAACUUAUUAACAACAGUUAGAAGUAUCGCGUGAUGUAUAAUCUUCUGUGUGUUAAGAAAUAUGAAAAAGUAAUAAAAGCAAUGAGUGAACGUGAA